GGGUGUGAAGUAAGUUUAGGUGGCAAAAGUCAGUGUGUGAAGCGUAUAUUGAGGCCACUUUAGGGUGUUGAGAGUGGCGGCAGUGCUGGUUUUGUUGCUGUGUUGCUGUCCUUGAACGAGUGAGGUUCUGCAAGUGUCUGAAGGGAACGAGGAUUUUUAAGUGGGGUUUGAAGUGAGUUUAAGUGGCAAAAGUCGGUGUGUGAAGUGUAUAUGAGGCCACUUUAGGGUGUUGAGAGGAACUUAUGUGUGUGACCUGCUGUUAUCUGAGUGUGAGAGAAAGUUCAGCAGGUGAAAGAUUUAUAUUUAAGUCAUGGGAAGGUUCAAGUAGAUUUAAAGUCCCAUAGAUAAAUUUAAGAAAGGGUUCCAACAUUUAAAGGGCCAUUGGUGAGUUUAGGAAGAUUUAUCUGUUACUGAAGGGCCAUAGAUAAGUACAAGGGGUAAUUAAAGUAGGUGUUAGGUUUUAAAGUGUUAGGAAGGGUGUAAGUAAAUUUGAAGAGACAUAACUAGAUGUAGGAAGGGAUUAGUGUUAGACUGUUUUUAGGUGUUAGGAAGGGUAUAGGUGUGUGUUACGUGUCACAUUGGGGCCAGGUCAGGUGCUACUGGUGUUAGGGGAAAAUAAAAGAGUGUUAGGAGCAUUAAUAAGUGUUAAGGAUAAUUUUUCAGGUGUAGGAGGGAUGUGAGUAGGUGUAGGGAAGCUUAGGUAGGUGUGGGCAGGUGUAUCAGGGUGUAUCUUGUGCUUAUAAGGUGUGUUAAGGCUGUGUGCUGCCUUGGGAAGUGUAUUUAGUAUGUGUGUGUGUGUGUAUGUGUGUGUGUGUCCCAGUCUGGUGUGCUUAGGGUGUAUUUGAGUCUGUAAGAUGUGUACUUAAGGUGUGUGGCCCUGAAAUGUGUAUUUAGGGUGUAUCUUGCCCCUGGAGGUGUGUGGAGGGUGUAUCAAGGGUGUAUCUGGCACUGGGAGGUGUAUCAAGGCUGUAUCUGGCCCCAAGAAAGUAUAUUAAGGGUGUAUCUUGCCCUGGGAGGUGUGUGAGGGGUGUAUCAGAGGCGUUUCUGCCCCUGGGAGGUGUGUGAAGUGUGUAUUUUGCCCUGGGAGGUGUGUGAAGGGUGUAUCAGGGAUGAUUCUGGCCCUGGGAGGUGUGUGAAGGGUGUGCCAGGGGUGUUUCUGCCCCCGUGAGCUGCGUGAAAAGUGAGCGUGACUCCAGAUCAGCGUCAUGGCAGCCCAGGUGGCGCGUCAUGGCGUGCUGAUGCGACAAGCCUUCAGUGUGGCCAAUCACGAGCUCAUCAACUGGUUCCCGGGGCACAUGGCCAAGGGACUCACACAGAUGCAGCAGAAACUGAAGGGCGUGGACUGUGUGGUGGAGGUGCACGACGCCCGGAUCCCCCUGUCCGGCCGUAACCCCCUGUUUGAGAAGCGGCUUGGGCUGGCCACGCUGAAGCCACACCUGCUGGUCAUGAACAAGGUGGACCUGGCCGACCCGAGGUGCAGGCAGGAUGUAAAGGAGUACUAUGAGAAACAGGGCGUGCCGCAGGUCAUCUUCACCAACUGCAAGGAGCCCAACAGUCCCGGGGUGAAGAGCAUCGUCAGGAAGGUGUCCAGGGCCAUCAAGGACUCUGAGCGCUACAGCCGGUCCGAGGAGACGUCCUACAGCGUGAUGGUGAUCGGCAUCCCCAACGUGGGCAAGUCGUCGCUGAUCAAUGCACUGCGGGCCAGACACCUCGGGCGCAGCAAGGCCACCCGCGUCGGCGCCAUGCCAGGCAUCACCCAGAGUGUGCUGGAGAAGAUCAAGGUGUGUGAGGACCCCAAGGUGUACCUGAUGGACACCCCCGGCGUGCUGGCGCCCCGCAUCACCAACGUGGAGAUGGGCCUCAAGCUGGCCCUGGCCGCCACCAUCAAGGACCACCUGGUGGGGGAGGACAUCAUCGCAGACUACCUUCUCUACAGGCUAAACUUGAUGGGGAACCACAAGUACGUGAAGUUCCUGGGGCUGGACGCGCCCACAGACAACAUCCAGGACCUCCUCAUCUCGGCGGCUGUGAGGAACAACUGGCUGAGGCGUGUGAGGGACCACCGGGGCAUCAACACUUGCCCUGACAUCAUCUCCACGGCUGCCAGGUUCAUCAGGGCCUUCAGAAUGGGAGUGUUUGGCAGAAUUACCCUAGAUGACGUACCCUGAGGUGCUCUGGGAUGCUGGUGCUGUCUGUGUGUCUGUGUGUGUGUGAGAGAGAGAGAGAGAGAGAGAGAGAGGGUAUAGUUUGUGGUUUUUAAAUGGAAAGGAAAGACUUGAGAUUUGAGAGAAAGUUUAAUAGGAAAAGGAAGGGGAGAGAGAGAGAGAGAUAAAGUUGUGUGAGAUAAUUUAACAUGAAGGAAUGAAAAAUAAAGACUUAAGAGAGAGAGAGAGAGAGAGAGAAAGAGAGAGAGAGAGAGAGAAUUGGACAGGAAAAAAAUGAAAGAUACAUUUGAGAGUAAAUAAAAACAGAAAAUGCCUUGUAAUGAUGAUGAUGGUAAUAGUGUACAUGUCUUGUGUUUAUUUGUAAUUAGUAAAGGAAAUUGAAAGAUAGAGAUGAAGGGAACUUAAAUAGAAAACACCUUGUAAUAAUAGUGUAUUGUUUAUUUUAUGUAUGAAUAAAGAUUGUGAUCUAGAAGGAAAAUGAAAUAUAGAGAUUUGAAGGAAAGUUACACAGGAAAAAGCUGUAUAAUAAUGACAAUAAUAGUAGUGUACAUA